CAUAAAGCCAAAUUUACCUAACAUCCAUUCCCGCCCUGACAAAUUGCCCGGGACCUGGGUGGUCCUUUGCUGCCGCAUUUCAGCAUUUCAUUGUCAUUUGUAAAAUGAGAAGAACGGAGAGUAAGAUGAGCGUGGUGCACCUCUGAAGUGCUGCAAAAAAAAUUAGUUUACUUUGGCUCCAACCCAGAGAGUGUUUGCGCUGGUGGAGCAAAUCAGUUGGAGAUGUGGGUUUCUUACAUUUGUUUUCCCAGCCAGCUGAGUCUGCUUGACUGGCAAUUCACCGUACAAAAUGCCCCAAGGAGAGUUGCCUUGGCGACAGCCUGUAAACUAAACAGUCUGAAUGUAGCUCUGUACAUGGGAUGGGGGUAGGAAGACUGAAGCAGAAAUCAUUCAGUGGGCUCUGCAGUCAAGGCCAGAACACUGGGAGUCCCAUACACCUGGGGAACUAUAAGCUAACAUGCUUGGAGUGUCAUUGUUGGGAGAAGCAAAUUGCAGAUGAAUGAGCUCUGUCCCUUUAACCUUCACUCUGGAUAUAUGGACUUCAUUCUUCAUCACAAAGCUCCUCUCUUCCCUCAGUUCAUGGGGCUCAUGGAUGCAAGUCCAUGUUGUUGUGCCAGGUGUGAAUCUUGAGUGAGUCCUUGCUCUUGACAAGUUAGACUUCUGACUUAGAAGAUGGAUGGAAAAAAAUAUUUGAAAGCACAAGUUAAAGUACUGGAUUUGCUACCCUAGACUUUUGCAGAAAAUUUAAGCAACAUUAGUUUAUAGUUUAUUAUUUUAUAUUUUAAGGAAACAAACAUAUGCAUGCAUUAAAGAUAGAAUGUUAAAAUAUUUUUCUAAUGCUAUUUUUAUAAAGCUUAAUUAAAGCAUUCCACUCGUGCAAAAAGGCCAUAGAUAAUAAAAAAUUAAAGUCCUGGUGAACAAGCAGUGUUUUUGCAUGGCGCCUAAGAUAUGUAAGUUUGGCACCAGGCAGUCUCUGAGGUAUUGGGGUCCUGAGCCACAUAAUGCUUUAUAGGUCAAAACCAGCACUUUGAAUUGCUCCCAGAAACGAAUUAGUAGCCAGUGCAGUCAGGCCAGGAUUGGUGUGGUGAGCUCAGACUAUUUUGCCCUGGUGAACAGCCUGGCUGCUGAGUUCUGCACCAGCUUAAGUUGCCAAGCCAUUAUCAAAGGUAUGUAGAAAAUAAUCCAAUAAUCUAACCUAAAGGUUACAAGAACAUGGACAACAGAAGUUAGGCUAUCCCUGUCCUGAUAGGAGCAUAGCUGGGCCACCAGCUGAAGCUGAUGGUAGGCAUUCUGUGCCACCAAGGGCCUCAAGCAACACCAAUGGAUCCAAGAAGUACCUCUAAGCUACAUACCUGCUCUUUCAGAGGAGGUGUGACCCCAUCAACUUUACACAGUUUCCACUUCAUAAAAGUAGAAGUGGUUUACCAUAGGACUAAAAAAAAUGACAUUCAAUAACACCUCCCAAAACUAGAUCAAAAAGAUAAAAACAAAUCUAUAUAACUAUAUAAAACUGAACAGUGUACAAAACAAUACUAAGAGUCAAAGUCCAGUGAAGUGUGGGUAAACGUACAAGCUUUUAAGGAGUGGGUGAAAGUUAUUACUGCCUUUGCCCAAGGAAGUGCAUUCCAGAGGGUGAGUUUAGAGCUUAGAAGACCAACUUCAAUAUGGUCACCAAGGGACAAUCUGCUGGUCAUGUAAUAACCAGCAGGAUAUCCUCAGAAAAUCUUAAAGAUCAGUUUAAUUCAGUAGAUCAUAUUUAUGACAUUUUCUGAUUCAGCUGUUACAGAGAAAUAGAUCUGGGUGUCAUCAGCAUACACUCCUAAUGAGUGCUCCCAGCAUAUUGUUUUAUAAUUUAAAAGUUGUUGUUUUUUUUAAUUAAGAAAUAAUUGUUACCACCUGUAAUCUGCAACCUCCUUUCAUGUAACGAUACAAUUAAAUGACACUGUAGGGUUAGUGGCUUUGCUCUGGAAAGAGGAGGAUGCACUGCUCUGGGUAACCAUAGUAAUUAGAAAGCUCUUUGUGUAGUUGAUCACCAUAUGUAGGGAAACAGAUGUCAUCUGCAGACAGAGUGCGGAUGAUGCCCCAGCCACAGUUAAUACAAGUAAGAGAGCCAGAUGACUUCAAAUACUUUUCUCAACCUAUCACCACCAGUGGCAUUUCAUCCUAUAAAAAUGGUGCAGCUUCCUCCUUUAGAAGACAAAGCCAAUAAAAAUGCUGAUUGUAAUAAUCUGCCCAAUAUUUUGAAUCACUAUACCGUUCCUACAAAGCAUACUGACCCUCAGUCUGAGGACCAGAAUCACAAAAUUAUAACAGAUGGCUUCACCGUCCUUGGAGAUCCACACUCAGUCACCCUGGAUAACUGUCAUAUGACCUUUCAAUAUUCCAAAGCCCAAGAAACUCAACCGCAGUUUGAGUGCAGCAGAUAUGGAGCAGAUAUAGGAAAUGAAGUAUCCAAUGGUGAAAUGCAUCAGGUUUUGGCAACCUUUGAGAGUUUAAGUAUUACAAGCAAAGACUGUAGUUUUGACCAUCCUGAUGGUUACUUCAGCCAAAGCAAAGUAGUACAUACAGCAGAAAAAUAUGAAUGUUCUCCUGUGGGACAUCAAGAUAGUUCCAAAGCUAAAAACUGGGGGAAAUAUUUUGCAAAGAGGAGUGGCAGCCCUAAGCUACAGUCAAGUAAAGCAGAAUCAUCAGAGGUGAAACCAGAUCUGAACGAACGUACAAAAAAUACUAUGAAUAUUGAACCAGGAAAUACUGAUAUGGAUUCAAGUCUGCAAAGCGAGGUUACAGAACAUCAUGCUUCAGUGAUUACUAUUCCUAAUACUUUGAUGGUUCUUGAACAAUCUGAAAGCAGUAUUUGUACAGCAAUCAACCUGGGAAUGAUGGAAAACAUCACUGUGUCUGAAGCUGCUGAAAGCAAUAUUACGAAAGCAACUCCCAUUAGCCAUAUUACAAUAUCUAACCAUGAACCAGAUCAGAUCUCCCAUGUUUCUAGACACUCUGCUCAAAGAAAGAGCAUGCCAACUAACUUAAGCCACAGCUUCAACGUAUUUGCUCAUAAAGGGAGUGAAAAUUUUAAAGUAAACAGCAACAGAACCACCUUGGCUCUAAAGGCUAGUGUGUGUACCAAGAUGCCUCAAGAUUUUAUUCUUUGGGGCAAGAGUUCUAUCCAACACCAUGCUAACAAGGUAAAGAAUCCCACUUCUCAUUCUCAAGGACUAGGAUUGUCUCAUGCAAAGACUGGGGUUUCCUCAAAGCUUCAGAAGAAACACCUUCAGCAGGAGAAAUGCCGCUUCGGUCAAAGCAGUCAGAAACCCCCAAAGCAGAUGCUCCCCAGCAAUUCCAAACAUUUUCCUGGCUCAGGAGAAACCACCACUCCUUUUCCUGUAAGACAAGCACAGUCUUCCGUAGACUUCGUAGACCUGAAGUACAGUGACAUGUUCAAGGAAAUAAAUUCAAGUGACAAAGGUCCUGGCAUUUAUGAAAUGUUUGGAACUCCAGCAUAUUCCAGGGAGCCUAAUGGCUGUGAAAACAGUUCCUGUAGGAAUGUGCACUCUGCUCCAGCUGGGAGGCGCACUGCAAUGAAACAUAAAUAUAACCAUCUCAGUGCAAAGAAGAGUGGCAGAAUAAGAAAUGCCCAGAAGAAAACAUGCCCCAAAUCACACAAGAAUUCCCUUGGCAUUAAACAGAAGGAGAAGGAUUUGGGGCAAAGAGGGGUAUCUGGGUUAGAGGGUUGCUGUCAGAAGCAGAAGGAAAGUGUGAUUGGCCCUAAAACAGAAGGGCAAAUAAAGAGUGCAGCACCAUUUCAUGAAGAUGAUGAUCAGCAGCUGCCAAUUCCUACCAAGUUUACUUUACCAGCUCAACAAAAUGAAGUCAUUCCUAAUUCAAAUUUGUCAACUAUUGAAGAAGUCUCAUUGGAUCACACUUCAGAGGCUGGCGAUGCUUUCAUUAGUAAAGCAUUUGCUAUCAACGUUCAGGAAUUACUUUGGCCGAAGGUUAAAGUUCAUGCAGAAUAUGCUCCUUUCUUAAACUAUGCAAAAGAUACAAAUGAACAUAUAAAUGUAGCACAGAACAAAAGUUUAAUGCAGGCGAAAAUUGGAUCAACCGCUUGCCUUGAGGAUCUGGAUGCAAAUCAGGUUUUGUUCUGUGAUGAUAGUCAAAGGAACCCCCUUGCACUAUGUUUUCCAAACAGAGUAAACUCACCUCCUCCACAAAGCCCACGAGUUGAAAAAGUUGGUUUAUCAACUGAACGGACUUGCCUUCCUACAAACUCUGUUUCCCAGGAAUAUCCAAACAUCCUGAUCUGCAGUGAAGAAAUAACUGAAGACUCGUUUUGUUGUUCUGUAUCUGAGCUGCUCUCUCUCGAUAGAGCAGAUGGCAACCGUUCGAGAAUAGCUACAAAAAAUGCAGAUACUGUGGUACAAAAUGGAAACACUGAGAGUAAAGGAAACAGCGCAGCAAGUGUUAGAAAUUGUAAGGAUUUUUCUCCAGAUUUCCUGGAAUCCAGUAAAGAAAAUAGAUUUCUAAAUGUGGUUACAUUUUCCGAAAACAAUGUAGCUAGUGAAGGACCUAUCCUGUGGACCAAAGGUGAAAUCCUUGGAAAAGGAGCCUAUGGCACAGUUUAUUGUGGACUUACAAGCCAAGGACAUUUAAUAGCUGUGAAACAAGUAGCACUGAGUACCUGUGACCAAAUUGGGACUGAGAAGGAAUAUCAGAAACUGCAACACGAAGUUGAGAUUUUGAAAAAUCUAACACACAUCAACAUUGUAGGGUACCUGGGAACAAGUUUAGAAGACAACAUAGUGAGUAUCUUCAUGGAAUUUGUUCCAGGUGGUUCCAUUUCCAGUAUUAUUCAUCGAUUUGGACCAUUGCCUGAAAUAGUGUUUUGUAAAUAUACGAAACAGAUUCUACAAGGGGUUGCAUACUUGCAUGAAAACUGUGUGGUCCACAGAGAUAUUAAAGGCAACAACGUCAUGCUGAUGCCCAAUGGUGUUAUCAAGCUCAUAGACUUUGGAUGUGCAAAGCGUUUAGCCUAUGUAAGUCUGACUGAUGCCCACAGCGAACCACUGAAAUCAGUGCAUGGCACUCCUUAUUGGAUGGCACCAGAAGUGAUAAAAGAAUCUGGCUAUGGGAGAAAAUCAGACAUCUGGAGCAUUGGCUGCACUGUAUUUGAGAUGGCCACAGGAAAACCACCACUGGCUUCCAUGGAUAGGAUAGCAGCCAUGUUUUAUAUUGGUGCUCACAGGGGAAUCAUGCCUUCCUUACCCAACCAUUGCUCGACAAAAGCAGCAGAUUUUGUUCAUCUGUGUUUCACCAGGGACCAGUAUGAGCGACCUACUGCUCUACAGUUGCUGCAGCAUCCCUUCAUGAUUUAAAAACCUCGUGAACUUUGCAAAGGCUUCAGUAGAUGACAGAUUUCCCCCUUACUUAUUGAAGAGGUUAAAUGAAAUUUAACAUUUAAACUUUCAGUUUGAGAAUGGCUAGGCUAUAGUGUGAUUGGUAUGAAAGCUGUGAAAGUUACAGAGUUGUAAAUUCUUGUUUUUCAUUUUCAAAUAUAGACAUGAUGCAAUUUCAGGAUGGCAAACUUUGUAUCAAAAUGUUGUGGCUGUAGAACACUUAAUCUCAUUUUAAAAUUAAAAUCAGACAUUUUGACAUC